AGCACCAAACCCUUGUGGGAGAAGCUCCAGGCCCUGCAGUGCCAUUUCACCUGGUGCCUCCUGGUCACGGAUGAAGUGAACGUUGGUCACAUCCUGCAGACACUGACUCUCAAGGAGGAGCACACGGCCUAUCAUAACCGCAGCAUCUACGUUGCCAUGAGGGCACAUCUGCAGCAGCUGCAAGGGACUUACACAGAGGCUCUGGGCAGCCUCCGAGAAGCAGAGACGGUGCUCAGGCAAGAGCUUCCCACCCACUUCUCCCGCCAUGCCCUGCUGAUUUAUGGGAACUAUGCCUGGAUUUAUUAUCACCUGGCCAAUUAUGAGAUGGUGGAGCUCUACCUGGCCCGCAUUCAUGAGAUCUGUCGAUCCCUGUCCAGCCCCAAGCCGUACUCUGCCCAGAUCCCUGAGAUCCACGCACAGAAAGGCUGGUCCCUUCUGGCCUUGGGAUUCCGCAACGGGGAAGAGGCCAAGAAGUGCUUCCAAAUGGCACUCCGAGGGGACGAGUCCAACCAAGAUUUCCAGGCAGGUCUGGCCAUCUCUGUCUUUGCUUCCUGGACUCGCUCCUGGCGGACUGACCUUUGGAAAGAGGCAAAACAUUUGAUGGAAGCGUUUCUCUGUAGCCAGCCCCAAAACUAUGAAGUCAAAGUGCAUCUGGCUUCUCUCCUAGAGAAAAGAGACUGGUGGAGAUCAAAAGUCCUCACAAUGGAAGUUGUCCAGAACAGCCUCAGCCCCGAAGAUCUGAGAAAUGCUGCCAAGCUUUGCAAGAAAAACUUCCUCUCUAAGGCAAUCAGCAUCUUGCAACAAGCGAUAGCCCUGGCUCCCAGCUACCACCUCCUGCAUUAUGACCUUGGCCUCUGCUACAAGCAGCAGAUGGAGGGAGCCUCGCGAGAAAGGAAAGACGAAAUAGUGGCAGCUGCUAUUGAGAGCUUCAAAAGGGCUCUGAAUGAAAACCCUCAGUCUGUCUUUUCCAGGCUGGCGUUGGCUCAAAUGUAUGGUGAAAAGACCCCGCUUUAUGCAGAGGAGAUGUACCAGAACCUGUGGGAGGAGCUGCCGAGGGUCAGCCGGCGCUGCCAGCAAGCCAUCUAUCUGCACUGGGGGGACUUCCUCCUCCACAAGAAGGGGCUGAAGCAGGGGGCGCUGGAGAUGUACGAGGCAGGGUACUUGAUCCUUGGUGGCCACUGCAAAGAGUGGCAGCAGCUGAGCGGGAGGCUGAUGAAGCUGGCUGAGAUGUUUGAGGAAGACUCGGACAGGAACCAAGCUGAGGCGGUCUUUGAGAUCCUUCGGCUCAGACACCACUUCCAGUGA